CACCAUGUCCCACAAUGCUCCGCGGCGGGCUGUCGGUGCUGUCUGUCCGUCCGUCGCUCCGACACAAUGCAGCUUUUAAUGGAGCUGAGGCUGUGAGCGGUGCGGGGCUCGAACACGCAGCAGCACAGCGGGCUCAACCGGACACCGUGAGCCGCCCGGACCCGACCCGCCGAACUGUUAACGGUGUAACGGAGCCACCGAGCGGCCGCGACUCGGUUUAUCCCCGGGACUCCGCAGCGGUUCCUGUAUCAAGACGUCAAAGGAGAAGAUUGUCGAAAGCUCCAUUUCUUAAGGAACAUCUGAAAAGCAGUAAUAAAAUGAGCACUGACCCACACAACUAUCUCACUCCCCUGUGAGCAGACAUGCUCCCCCUGCAUCACUCGUCGAGGGGCACCCCUCCCCAGUUGCGAGACUGUUUUCUGACAUAGAUUCGGAAGAAUGGCUCAACCUUGUUACAGAAAUGGCAUUGGGUUGUGUGGGCAAUAACACAUUAGAAUACAGGUGAGGCUGUUGCCAAUACCCACAGGACCCUAAAGAGGUCUCAGAUGACACAAGGACAGAAAAAUACGCCCCAGCUUUGAUUUAGUAUCCACCUUACUGCCUUGCUGACAAGGUUGACUAUGGCUGCUGUUGAUCCCCAUAGCAACGGUUCCAUGGUGGGGCGAGGAGCAGACUGAGGGAGUCGACAAUGCAGCGUAACGGUGGUGGGGUGGGUGCUGGAGGCCAGCCAUGGGUGUUGCGCCGUGUGCGUCUAACGUGGCUCAGUUUCAUGCUCUUCUUUAUCCUGGUCUUUUUCCCACUCAUUGCCCACUACUACCUCACAACCAUUGACGAAGCUGGAGGUCCCGAUAAGCGUAUCUUUGGGCCUCGGCCCGGUGGUGAACUGUGCGAAGCCAAACAUGUGCAGGAUCUUUGCCGCAUUCGUGAGUCGGUCAGCGAGGAACUGCUGCAGCUGGAGGCCAAGAGGCAGGAGCUCAACGGGGAGAUUGCCCGACUCAACUUGCGCAUUGAGGCCUGCAAACGCAGCAUUGACAGUGCCAAGCAGGAUCUGCUGCAAUUGAAGAAUGUUAUCAGCCAGACAGAGCAUUCCUAUAAAGAGCUAAUGGCCCAGAACCAGCCCAAGCUGUCACUGCCUGUAAGGUUGCUGCCAGACAAGGAAGACCCAGGCCUUCCACCACCUAAGUCUGCACGCUCCUGCCGUCUGCGGUCCUGCUUCGACUAUGGGCGCUGCCCUCUUACGUCUGGGUUUCCUGUGUAUGUCUAUGACACAGGCUCUUACUCAUGGGGGGACUAUCUAGACCCACUGGUGAAGCAGGCUUUUGCAGCAUCAGUUAAGAGCAACAUUUAUAUAACUGAUAACCCCAGCGUUGCCUGCCUGUAUAUGGUCCUGGUAGGAGAGAUACAGGAGUCGUCCUCCCCACCACCAUCUCCUUCAGAGCUGGAGAAGCAAUUAAAAGCUCUUCCCUACUGGAGAUCAGAUGGACACAACCAUGUACUAGUGCAUCUCUCUAGAAAAUCCAUGACACAGAACUUCCUGUAUAAUGUGAGCGCAGGACGAGCAGCAGUUGCUCAGUCCACCUUUUUGGAGCAGCAGUACCGUGAGGGCUUUGACUUGGUUGUAUCCCCACUGGUUCAUGCUCUCUCAGAACCAAACUUUUUGGAAGUGCCCCCUCAAGUACCAGUCAAGAGGAAAUAUCUCUUCACCUUCCAGGGAGAGAGGGUGGAGUCACUGAGGAGCAGCUUACAGGAGGUGCCCCCUCAGUCUUUCGAGGAGGAAAUGGAAGGAGACCCACCAGCCGACUACGAUGAUCGCAUUAUUGGCACCUUAAAGGCAGUGCAGGACAGCCACUUGGAUCAGGUUCUGGUGGAGUUCACCUGCAAGGACCCUCGGCCAAGUUUACCAACGGAGUGGUCUCUUUGUGGACAGAGGGAGGAUAGGCUGGAGGUGCUCAAGACUUCGACUUUUGCCCUGGUGAUUGCUCCAGGAGAUGGGCAGCUGGUGGCCUCAGCAGGCUGUGGAAUGAGGCUCUUUGAAGCCUUAGAGGUAGGAGCCAUCCCAGUCAUGUUGGGGGACCACUCCAGACUACCUUACCACCAGUUUAUCCGCUGGAGUGAGGCUGUCAUUAUAGUCCCCAAGCCUCGUGUCACAGAGCUGCACUUUCUGCUGCGCAGCCUAUCAGACAAUGAUAUGCUAGCUAUGAGGCGGCAGGGUCGCUUCCUGUGGGAGACCUACUUCUCCACCUCAGAGAAUGUUCUCAAUACCAUCCUGGCCAGCAUCAGAACCAGCAUCCAGGUUCCUGCUGCACCCAUCAAAGAGGAGCCCGCUCAUGAGAUUCCUCACAAAGCUGGAAAGCUGGCAGGAACUGAUGCCAACCUGGCUGACAAUGGUGAUCUAGAUUUGGGUCCUGUCGAGACGGAGCCCCCCUACGCUUCUCCUCGCUUUCUGCGCAACUUCACAUACACAGCUGCAGACACCUAUAGAUCGUGGAACCGAGCCCCGGGGCCUUUUCAUCUGUUUCCUCACACACCUCUAGACCCCGUGCUGCCCUCUGAAGCCAAAUUCCUAGGCUCCGGUACUGGUUUCAGGCCUAUAGGUGGAGGUACGGGAGGAUCGGGAAAGGAGUUUCAGGCAGCUUUAGGAGGGAACGUGCCACGAGAACAGUUCACAGUGGUAAUGCUGACAUAUGAGAGGGAGGAAGUGCUGAUGAACUCUCUGGAGAGGUUGAAUGGACUGCCGUACCUCAACAAGGUAGUGGUGGUGUGGAAUUCACCCAAGCCUCCUUCAGAUGACCUGCUGUGGCCCGACAUUGGCCUUCCCAUUGUGGUCAUCCGCACAGAGAAAAACAGCCUCAACAACCGCUUCCUUCCCUGGGAUGCUGUGGAAACGGAGGCCAUUCUCUCGAUUGAUGAUGACGCUCACCUCCGUCACGAUGAGAUCAUGUUCGGGUUCAGAGUGUGGCGUGAGGCUAGAGAUCGAAUUGUGGGCUUCCCCGGGCGGUAUCAUGCGUGGGAUGUCAACCAUCAGUCGUGGCUUUACAACUCCAACUACUCCUGUGAGCUUUCCAUGGUCCUGACAGGAGCUGCCUUCUUCCAUAAGUACUACGCCUAUCUGUACUCCUACGUGAUGCCCCAGGCCAUCAGGGACAUGGUGGACGAGUACAUAAACUGCGAGGACAUCGCCAUGAACUUCCUGGUGUCGCACAUCACCCGCAAACCACCCAUCAAGGUGACAUCCCGUUGGACUUUCCGCUGUCCCGGCUGCCCUCAGGCCCUCUCUCACGAUGACUCCCAUUUCCACGAGCGCCACAAGUGCAUCAACUUUUUUGUCAAAGUGUACGGAUACAUGCCGCUGCUGUACACACAGUUCCGCGUGGACUCUGUGCUGUUUAAGACUCGUUUACCCCACGACAAGACCAAGUGCUUCAAGUUCAUCUAGCAUUGGGCUGAGUGGCCCAGCGAAGAGCCCAGAAGCCGAGGAUUGAAGAAGUGGAAGUGUUUAAAGAGAGCAGCAGCUCCCACAGCGAGCAGCGAUGUUGGAGGGAUGGAUGGACGGACUGCCAGAUGCAUAGAGGGAAGGUUUAGGGUUAGGAUUUUGCCCGGGGGAGAUAGACAUAUUAACCUUGUGGUCUAACCCACUAGACUACUGAAAAUUUGAAAAGUGGAAGCUGAAAGGGACCACUGCCAACAAAAUAAGUCUCUUCAGUGGAAGUCACUCCUCCUGUUUCAUGUUCUUCAAUCAUGCUCAAUCAUUAACCACUACAGAUGUCAUUGGCACCUCCAGACGGCCUGCUGAGGAAAGAGGGCAGUUGUACACCGUGUACAGAAACUCUCCCAGGAGACUCUAGCUGAUAAUGGAGCGAUGAGUUAGUGCAUCACUGACAGACUGAUGCCAGGCUGCAUUCAGCUCAGCAGCCUGUUGACGCUGUUGAGCAAACGUGACACCGGCACAUGGCUGCCGCUGUCUGUUUUCCGUGUUACAGUUACAAACUGUACUUCCUGUACUUGUACGAGAGGAGCACUGAUGGUCAGAAGUAUUUUAUUGAUCAAACACUUUUUUUUUUGUUUUUAAAUAAUGUUUAAAUGUGUAAAUCUCUAUUUGGAGCGAAUAGUUUCCAGAACCUCUGCCUGUGGGGGAUCAGACACAGAUUCAGUCUGAGGAAGAAAACAGGACCGUGACCGAGGAUUUAAAAUAACACGUAGGCCCGAUCAUGUUUAGCAGUGUUUCAGCAGUCACCAUAAUGCCUCAAAUUUGUCAUGAAAACCAGCCGCCACCUUGUCAUUUUGUUAUGCUUACAGGUGCUCCGCUCGUCUCUGAUGUUUAAAAAUUGACCUGUUUUUUAUGCUAUAGGGUGUUUACUAAUGUUUGUUCAAUUUGGUCCGAGUCACGUUUCAAUGUAAUAAUAUCGACCAAUCAUCAUUUUCCGCUUUCCUUACCGAGAAUCACAGCUGCCAAAUUGAGCAAAAUAGGUUUUAAACACGCAGACAGACUCAUGCAGUUCAGUGUCCUGUUAGAUCAUGGUAACAAUGUUAGAUUUAGAGGUACAAUAUGCUUAUUUGCAUUCUGGCAGAGAUCUGGAUGAGAACAUUAAAAGUUGCUGUUCUCAAAUCUGUUAAAUAUUAAACUGCAGCCAAUGGCUGGUUAGCUUAGCACAAAGACUCACCUCACAGUGUCGCUAAAGCCAAAUGAAAGUGAAGAUGAUUCAACAAUGAGGUAUAAAGUGUGAAUGUUUGUUCCUAUGAGUUGCUGGUAGGUGAGAGUCGGGCUGUUUCCCUCAGUUUCCAGUCUUGAUGCAAACUGGAGAUCUUCCGAUACCGUUUGUCUCUUAGCUGUGUAACUGCUAACCCAGUAUGGGAGUGAUGAUUGCUCUCGUUGUCUGACCUGACUCAGGUUAAAACUGUUUGAAGAACACAGAACUACACGUGACCUGUUUACUUCCCAUACGUUCCUGCAUGAAAUUGUGCCAAAUUGCAUUUUGGCGAGCUUUGGCUAAAGCUAGUCUUCUGGAAAUCACUUCUUUGCUGAUUUAAAAACAGUACUUGCCAGUUUUGGAGCAGCAAAGAUGAAGAAAUGUCCUGAAAAAGAAUAUUGCUAUUUUAUCUGGUUGAAACUACUAUACUUUAAGGUUGUGGUAUCGGAUCAGGUAGAUUUGCGUUCUUGUCCGCCGUAGCAUUUUCGGCUGCAUCGGAGGCCUUGCAGAUGCUGGUAUUGGAACAUCUCUUAUGCUAAGCUAAGCGGCUGGAGGCAGUAGAUUUAUAUUUUCCGAACAUAAGAGCAAUAUCAAUCUCCCCCAGAAAGCAAAUAAAAUGUAUUCCCAAAUGUUUCAACUAUACUUUUUAACGUACAGCAGGUGCUGGGUUUGCAUCAGAAUCACCAGAUCCAUGUCGCCUCUCUGUCCCAGCUCAGACAAAAACGUCACUUUAGUGUCGCCAUGUUGGUUUCACUUCUUUUUUUUUUUUUCCCCUUACCAUUGCUUGAUGAAUGUUUCCUUUGCCAAAUAGGUACGAUACCUGCUGCUUUCCAGCUCGAUUUGCAGGAUGCACAGUGCUCGGGAUGCAGUCUGGUACACCUACAUCCACUCUGCAUGGUACUUUACCAGGAGUCAACCCAUAAUGUAUUAUAAAUCCAAAGUUGUUUAUUUGAUCAUGUCAGACUAGUUUCUUUUAAUCUGAACAAAACACCCACCUGCAAAGAUGAGUUUAAAAGAAAGAUAUUUAGAUUAGAGUCUCUUUCCCAACAAAUUCUGUUCUGUUCUUUGAAAACUCUCAUUAAGUCCAUGGUUCCUGUAUAUUUAUUGAAUAUAUAAUGAAAAAAAGAUUUUUUUAAAGCUGAUAAAGACACAUGCAAUAAAAUGAAAAGACAUUGUAGUUUAUUAUUCCUAAUUUCAAAGAGGUCCCAGCCUGAACUUGCCAUCAGCUUCUUUGUUUCCAAGGAAAACGAGCUUGUGCCAUUGACCUGAGAGCAGCACUUCGGCAGCAGCCGUGUUUUUCUGUGACCUGGUUUUUCCAGAGGUCGGACUAUAAGUAGAAUGUCAUGAACUGAGUUUUUCAAAGAGCCAGUGGACGCUGGUUGAAGUGUCUUUGAAGCCAAAUCCCGACCUGCUCCGGUGACUGCUGCUGCUGUGCUCUGACCCCCCCCAGGUUAAAUACAAACACAUUCACAUGGAAAUAUUUUUCUGCGAGGGAUAAAAUCAAGAGCCUGUUUCCUAAUUGCUGUGGUUUAAGUUGGCAACACGGCAACAAAAACAAAUCCAAAUUUACACUUUAUGUUGCUGCACCAGAUUUGGAAAAACCAACUUAUAAACUCAGUCACAUCCCAACAGAUUUUUAAUUGGAGCUCGAGGGGCCUCAUAAUUUCUUGGCCGGCUCUAAACCUGUCCUCGGGGCACAGUUUGGGUCAGCUGGUAUUGUGGAAGGUGAAAAAAAAAAAAGCCUUGUCCAUUCCUCUCCCACCACCCUUCUCCCCUCCAGGAUCUUUGGCACAGCUGGUUUUCCGCGGCCUGAAGCAGGAAGGUGGAACUAUCAUGUGCUCCACCACUGUGGGCGGGGACUCCGGCGACCUGCAACGCUGCUCACGCCGAACCAGAUUGGCUACGGCGUCACGACAAACCAUUGAAGGCCAGAUGAAUGGAAAUAAAAACACUCAACAUUGUUAAAAACUUUA